AUGCCGCUCGCGCGCUUGCUCGGCGACCGCCUGCUGCAGACGGUGGGGCAGGCUGCCAUACCGACCGUGGAAGCUUUGGCCGGCGCCUCUGCGGUCGGCCUCUACUUCUCUGCGAGCUGGUGUCCUCCGUGCCGUGGUUUCACGCCGCAGUUAAAAGCUUCGUAUGCGGGGCAUCUGGAGGCGAAGGGAAUGCGCUGCGUGCUAAUCUCCAGCGACCGCGAUGAGAGCAGCUUCGACGAGUACUUUGGUAGCAUGCCUUGGCUCGCGCUCCCAUACGCCGAGCGACCACGGAAAGAGGCGCUCAGCGCGUACUUUGGAGUGCAGACGAUCCCUACGCUUGCCAUGGUGGACGCCCAGGGGCGCAUUCUGACCACCGAAGCGCGAAAUGCUGUGGUGGCGGAUCCAGAGGGUUCUCAGUACCCGUGGGCGGAUCCGCCCUUCAAGGACCUGGCAUCGGGGGAGGUGGGCCGCAUCAACACCGCGCCGUCCGUGGUGCUCCUCUGCGAGGGCCCCGAUGCCGAGGCCAAGAGGCUCGCUGGCCUUGCGCUCGGGGAGGCGGCCGCACGCUCGCCGGACUGCCAGCCCCCGUGGGAGUCGAGGGGGGGCGGAGCCUUUGACCUUGGGCCCGGCCAGGGCUACGCCUUCUUCGUGGCGACGGGCGGGGAGAUCGCCGCCAAGGUGCGGCAGAUGGCGGGGCUCCCGGCCCUGGAGGCCGACGGGGCCCCCAGGCUGCUGCUGCUGGACAUCCCAGACGGCGGCGCCUUCUACCUGGGCCCGGAGGGGGCGGAGGCUCUGACCGCGGGCGCGGUGGACGAGCUUCUGGCGGGCCACGCGGCGGGGCGGCUGCAGCGGCGGCAGCUGAGCUGA